AUGAGAAAUUUAACCCAGGCACUGCUUGCACUGUCUGUUGCCUGUGCUCAUGCAGCGUCCCAAGACCCAGGCUCUGGAAACCUGCAACGCCCUCAGGUAGUUGUUUGGGUCGAUGAAGAUGGAAAUCCAUUCCGUACAGAGACCCUCUCUGUCUUUACUACGACAAUUCGACAAAUGCCUACAACCUUCCCAUCCCAAUCAACACCCACAAAAAUCGCCAGCCAGACUCUAUUCACACAAACAAGACCACAACCGACAGAGAGUGAUACACAUCUAGCAGGCACCAGACCCGAAAAGCACCCACUGCCAAAUUAUAACCCUCCACAUCAUGAACCGACUCGACCCAACUCCGACAACCGUCCGUACGGCAUAUCCUACUCCCCCUACAAUGCAGACAGAAGCUGCAAAACCCAAGAAGAGGUAAACCAAGACGUCGCAAAACUCGCCGAAUACUCCUUCAUCCGUAUCUAUGGCACAGACUGCGACCAAGCAAAAACUCUAGCAACAGCAGCGCGCCUCCACACCAUGCAAGUAUUUGGCGGAAUAUACGACCUCACGGAUUUCCCAAACAGUCUCAAAGCCUUCGAUGAAGCCGCAACACUGCCAAAUGGCAAGAAAGACUGGGCCGUCUUUCACACCAUAGCCAUCGGCAACGAACUAGUCAACAGCAACAUGUACUCUCCAGCCGAAGUAACCGCAGCCCUAAGUGAAGCAAGAGGUUAUCUUCGCAGCUACGGAUACAAUGGACCCGUAGUAACAGUGGACACAUUCUCCGUCCUCCUAAAACACCCGGACCUAUGCCACGCCUCAGACUACUGUGCCGCAAACUGCCACGCUUUCUUCGACAACACGCAACAGCCGCAUAAUGCAGGCCCUUACGCGCUGGAACAGGCACACGCUGUUUCAGCCGCAGCUGGUGGGAAAAGGACCGUGAUUACGGAAUCGGGCUGGCCUCAUGCUGGGUUGACGAAUGGUGCUGCGGUUCCGUCGAGGGAUAAUCAGCAGGUUGCUGUUGAGAGUUUGAAGAGUAGCUUUGCGCAUCGCGGGGAUGAUCUUGUGCUUUUUACGGCUUUUGAUGAUUUGUGGAAACCGGAUAAUCAGUUUACAUUUGAUGCCGAACGGUUUUGGGGUAUUAAUGAGAGGUAA